AUGGCCUACGUGUUAAGAUUUAUUAAUAUUUGUAAAAAGAAACCGGUAAAAAGUAAAUUUUUAAGUAACGACGAACUACAUAAUUCUUUAAAUACUUUAAUUAGAUUGUCACAAAUUGAGUCAUUCGAGGAAUAUGUGACCUUAUAUAAUAACAAAAAAUUGCCUUCAAAAUGUACUAUUUUGAAAUUUAAUACUUUCCUAGACGAAAAUAAAAUAAUGCGUGUCGGUGGUCGUUUAGGAAAUGCAUUAUUUACUUAUGAAAAGAAACAUCCGAUUAUGUUACAGUCCACUAAUCGUUUUACCAAAUUAUUGUUUAAGUAUAUGCAUGUCAAGCUUUUACACGCCGGUCCUCGUUUACUAUUAGCUUCAAUUAGAGAAAUGUAUUGGCCCAUCGGAGGCCUCAACUUAGCUAAAUAUUGUUAUCGACAAUGUUACUUAUGUUGUCGUUAUAAGGGAAGGGUUAUAAAUCCACUUAUGGGCAAUCUGCCUCAGGGUCGAGUGACUCCCGGCGGUUUUCCCUUCGAGAGCGUUGGCGUCGAUUAUGCUGGACCUAUUAUGUCCGCCAGUCAUCAAGGCCGUGGUUGCAAGCUUACGAAAGUGUAUAUUCUCAUCUUCGUUUGUUUUGCGACAAAGGCUGUACACGUGGAGUUAACAGGCGAUCUAACAAGUAAUAAUUACUUAACAGCACUUCGCCGAUUCAUUUCACGUCGCGGAAAACCUAAACACAUAUACUACGACAACGGAACUUCAUUCGUAGGCGCAUACAACGAAAUCGGUCGUUUUAUAAAAGACAAUUGCAAUUCACUGUCCGAGAAUUUGGCUCAGGAAAAUAUAAAUUUCCAUUUCAUUCCUUCGCAAGCCCCUCACUUUGGCGGUCUUUGGGAAGCAGGCGUUAAGUCAAUAAAAUAUCAUUUACGGAGAAUAUUAGGUAAUUGUAACCUUACAUACGAGGAAUUAAACACUGUGCUGGUUCAAAUUGAAGGUGUACUGAACUCUCGUCCGCUGACACCUCUCUCCACGGAUCCUGAUGACUUACUGCCAUUAACCCCGGGACAUUUCCUCAUCGGCCGCCUUAUCACCUCUUUUCCUUCUCAAAAUUAUGGAGAAGUCCCUAGCAGUAGACUGAGUCGAUACCAACGCAUCCAACAACUUCGUCAACAUUUUUGGAGAAGAUGGAGCAAGGAAUAUCUCUCAGAACUCCAGCAGAGAUCAAAAUGGCGUUCCAAUGCUGACACUUUAGGGACGGGUGAUCUUGUAGUUCUGAAGGAAGACAAUUUACCGCCGCUCAAAUGGCGACUGGGUCGAAUUACAGCCUUUCAUCCCGGAGCCGACGGCAUCAACCGCGUUGCCGAUAUCAGAACUGCCACCGGAAUCGUCCGAAGACCUUUCUGCAAAAUCUGCCCUUUACCUAACAACAAGGAAGGCUAA